GAGUCCGUACUCCGGUCCAUAACUUUUAAACUUUACCGGAAGACUUGCAUGUUGUCGUAUAGUUUAGUGGGAGGGGUUUCAGAAUAUAUCUAGAUCUAGACAUCUACAUUUUAAUUAUUUGAUUGCUCAUAAUACAAAAAUCAAAAUGAUCCGCUUCAUUCUGAUUCAAAACAGAGCAGGUAAAACCAGAUUGGCUAAAUGGUAUAUGCAUUUUGAUGAUGAUGAAAAGCAAAAGCUUAUUGAAGAAGUCCAUGCAGUGGUAACGGUGCGAGAUACUAAACACACAAACUUUGUUGAGUUCAGAAAUUUCAAAAUUGUCUACCGUCGCUAUGCUGGUUUGUACUUCUGUAUCUGUGUUGAUGUAAAUGACAACAACUUGGUUUAUCUUGAAGCUAUACACAACUUUGUCGAAGUUUUGAAUGAAUUCUUCCACAAUGUGUGUGAGUUGGAUCUAGUCUUUAAUUUUUACAAGGUGUACAGUGUUGUGGAUGAAAUGUUUCUAGCUGGAGAGAUACGAGAGACCAGCCAAACUAAAGUUCUCAAACAGCUGUUGAUGUUAUCAUCACUAGAAUAACAUAUUUUAUGUCCUCUUGUUUUGUGCAAUACACAGACGUAGUUUUAGACUCCUACAGAUUUCUUUUGUUCAAGAUGUUUAACUUUUCAUUCACAGUAAUUAGCUUCUCAAAUUGGAUUUUCUUGCGCUGAGCUAAUCAGAUUUGUAUUUAAACUAAUUGGUGAAGACAGAAAAAAAAAUUUCUAGCUAGGCUGUUUAUUCUGGGCCAUAUAGAGGGGGGGGGGUUGUAAUCCAUGCAUACAUUUUUUAAAGUACACUUCCAUGUGAAAGAAAGCAUGCAUAAAUCUAACAUUAAUUUAGAUAGGAUCAUUCCCUGUUUUCUGUGUAAUGUAAACGGAACUUUAGAUAUGAAAAUGUGUGAACAAUUGUAUGUUGAUAUGUAUAGUACACAACUUUGAAUGAUUAGAUUGUGUAGCUAAUUGAAUGUUUAGACAGCUGUUGAUCAAUACACUGAGAGUAGUGGCUGUAAUGUACAUACGAACUUGUGUGUGUAUUUCUAAUUCUGUGUGUUUAUAACUGUAUGGUUCACUGUACAGAGAUUUCUCAUUGGUCAGAAUCGUUCACCUGGUGUUAAAGUGUGUAAAACAUUCCAUGUGAUAGAUUUAUUUGGCACUGCUAGUAUAAGAAUUACUCCCUUUACUGAAGUUGGGGUUUAACACAAAGGGAAUGAUUUUUUUUUAAAUGAUUUUAUUUGUAUUUGGCAUAGUUCAGUUGAGUUAGUACCAUAUAUUUGAAUACCAUUAUUGCUAGAAAAACUUGUGUGAUUUUUUUUCUGCCAUUAAUGUCUUAAUGUCAUGUGUGAGCUAAACUAAGCUAGCUCUGUGUGGCUCUCUGUACAUAUUGUCGUACAUACCAUAUAGUUUAGUAGAUGGAAGGAGGUCAUAAACGUAUGUCCCAGACAGUAAGGCUACUAAAGUAGAUAUCACUUUUACAGUGCUGCCAACUCUGUUAAUCUUUGUUGUUGUCUUAGUAGAUGGACAUUGUGUACAUAGUUGUAUUGGCGAUGUAACAGAUUAGAUUAUUGUUUAGAAUCUGUAUUCUUUUUUUUUUCUCAUUUAUAAUUUAUAUCACUGUUAUCUCACAUGUAUUUUAAUUUUUUUUUUAAUACUCAAAUCAUGAAGUAGUAAAAAAUAAAGGAAGAAAAUCU